AUGGACGGGUACGAGUUUCUGAUUGCUGUGCAGAGGGGAGACGUGCAGGCCGUGAGGAGGUGUCUUCAGGCUGGGAGGGACGUCAAUCACAGGUUUCUGAAUGACAGGACCGCACUCCAUUGGGCCAGCAGGGACGGGAACACUGAGAUGGUGAAGCUGCUGGUUCAACUCGGAGCUGAUGUGGAGGCGAAGGACAAGGAUGGCUGGACCGCACUCCACGUGGCCAGUUUGCACGGGAACAAUGAGACGGUGAAGCUGCUGAUUCAACUCGGCGCUAAUGUGGAGGCGAAAGACAAGGAUGGGAUAAAACCACUGGACCACAUACGUGACCAAGACCACAGACGUUUCCUGAAGAAUCUGGCCACAGAGGUUCCAUACCACAAACUAAUGAAACAGUCCGGUGGGGUGAAAGUCGACAGGUUUAAAAUGUGUAUCUGUGGACCACAGGAAGCUGGCAAGUCUACACUGAAGGAAAGCCUGCAAACCGGACCUUUCACCGCCUUCUUCCGGGACCGAAUGACUCCAGACCAUCAGCCACACGAGCCCACCCCUGGUGUGAAUGUGGGAACAACCAACAUUCCCAGUGUGGGGGAGGUCAGUGUGUGGGACUUCGCUGGACAGUCGGAGUACGCGGUAACACACAGCAUGUUCAUGAAUGCAGAGAACACAAUCUUCGUUGUAAUGUACAGCAUCAUGGAUGAUUCCCGUACACAAGAGAAAAAGGUCCACUGGUGGCUGUGUUUCAUCAAGUCCUGCAACACAAAGAGUAAACCUAACGUCAUCCUCGUGGCCAGUCAUGCGGACCAGACUGAUGCAGGAGGACACCAAAAGGCAUCUUCUCUCCUUGAGCUGAUGACGUCAGAGUUCAGGAAUCAACUGGACAUUUCAGACGAAGUGUUCCUGCUUGACUGCAGAAAGACUCGUAAAACCGACAUGCGGCGUCUUAAAGACCUUUUGACGAGACUGAAGGCCCAGCUUCUAACACAUCAGCGAGCCGUACCCAAACUGUGUGCUGAAAUCAUCAAGUGCCUACCCAAAUGGACCAAGGAGAAGUGCAGCCCAAAGUGUCCCGUCUUGAGAUGGACAGAGUACAAGGAGGCUGUGAUGGAGAUGAUGGGGAUCGACAGCUUGGCUGAAGAAGAUUUUCUCAAGGAGUCUUCGAAGUAUCUGAACCAACUUGGGGAGAUCUUGUUUGUCUCCUCAACUACUGAGCCCAUUGUUGUCCUGGAACCCAACUGGCUCUGCACGGAUGUCUUCGGCAAAGUGAUGGCACCAGAAAACUUCCCCAUCCAUCUGAGAAGACCUGAGGGUAUUGGUAUUGUCACAAAAGAAGAGAUCCAAAAAGUGUUCAAAGACGUCACCACCGAUGUCGAUCUCCUGAUCAUCCUGCUGCAAGAGUUCCAGCUCUGCCACACCUUUGAUGGACAGGAGUUCAUCUUCCCCGGGCUGCUGACACAGGCCAUGCCUCCAGAGAAGUGGAAGCCGACCGCAGACCCCGCCAAGACCGUGUACUUCGGCAAGCAAGUCCAGUGUGCCGACACCACCGACAUGUUCUCCUCCGGGUUCUUUCCUCGUGUGCAGACCCGCCUGAUGAGGCAGCUGAAGAAUCGCCCGCUGCUGUGGAGAGACGGAGCCAAGUGUUUCGACUGUAACGUGGAAAGUCUCAUCAAGCUCUCUCCAGACGGCCGUGCGGUCAACAUCGGUGUGCGAAGCGAGCAAGCCGACAAGCCGAGCUGCCAACAGAUGCUCCAGCUGAUAGAGAACAUCCUAACCAACGAGCUCGACGAGUGCAGCCCAGGCACCACUACAGAGGAGAGGGUGCUCAGCGCUCGUGCACUGAGGGAACACAGAGAAGAAGUUUACUCCUACAGCAUGGAUCAGAUCGACAAGGCCAAAGCAGAAGACGGCAUCGUCCAUCACGACAUCCUUGGCUUCUCAGAAGACGUCAAUGACCUCCUGUACGGCGGAAGAGACGACGAGGAAGAAGAGCAAGGAGCCGUUGGAAACACGAUCAAACAGACGAUUGUGUACGGGAGCGGUAACGUGUUUUUGAGAGCAGGUGACCAUGCUCACAUCGACAUGCCAAGCGUCAUGCAAGGUGACCUUGGACAGCUACAGAUUGAAGGAAGUUUGCCUGAUGAUCUGGGACAGCUACAGUUGGAGUAAAAUUAGUCUGAUGACCUGGGUCCCAUGACAACCAUCAUUAAGUUAGAAGGAAAUGGCCUUGGUUACAUGGAAUGACUUCGGUUGUAACCAAAAAUGUACCUGAUGAUCUGCGACAAGUACAGAAUAGAAAGAACAUUCGUUGCUUUGAACACCAAACACGCCUGUUGAACAGCAAUUUAUUUUGGCCCCAUCGUGGUUGUCACCGCAGUUUACGGUGCAGUAAUCAAUAUGUAUCGAUUUUGCAGAACUGAAUCCACAGGACAUUGUAUCUUAGAGUAGUUCGGAAGAUCUUCCCAUGGUAUGAGACAGUUAUGGAGGUGAUGGCUUUGCUGGACAAAUGCUUUUUAAU